CCGCCCGGAGAGAAGAGAAGAGCGGGGAUCGAGAAGAGAAGAGCGAGUCCCGCAGUCUCAUGCGGUGUGGGCCACCCGUAACACCGGAGAUCGGGAAGCGAUCGAACGCGGCGCGGUGAUAAAGCCAAGCGGGGCGGAGGGCCGUGAGGGAGCUAUCCCCAUCGGUAUCGCGGGGAACGGCUUCUGUGGUACCCAGCGGUGGUGGCUGCGGCCAGCGGCGUCGACGGCGACGACGACGACAACAAUAACAACGGCGACAACGACGGCAUUGUCCCGAUUGUCUUAUCCCGUCGCGACGAGACGUGCAGGUGGAAGAGGAAGAUCGUGGAUCCCACAGGAAUGAGACGAUCAUAGGGAAAGGAUAAAAAGAUAGAAGACGGUGGAUGAGCCAAGAGACCAAGAGAGAGAGAGAGAGAAAAAAAGAGAAAGAGAGAAAGAGAGAGCUGCUACGUCGUAUGUACGCGGAUACGCGCCGUGAACGAGGCAGUCCGCGAGCGAAGCCGGAGCGCGGAAGCGGAGAACGGAUAGGCGCAGAAAGAGCAACGAGGACGAGCUGAUAUACGCUCGUACGGAGAAAGGGAGACAAGGACGCGAGUAACGGGCGAGAGAGGAGGAGUUUGCGAGAGCGCGAGCGAACGUGUGAUCCAAAAUGGCGAUCAAUCCGGAGGUUGUGGACCAGUUGACCAAGAGCAAUCCCGUCGUCAGGGUCGACCAGAAUUCCGAGUCCGAUCUCCAGGCACUCUUCGACACCGUCCUGAAGCCCGACUCCAAGCGGCCGUUGCAGGUGCCGCUGCGCAUGCGCAAUCUACCGGAUUCCUUCUUCAAUCCGCCGUCCACCGGCAGCAAGAGCCCCUCGAUCUCGCACUCUCGCGAGAACUCCGCGGAUUCCGCGUUCGGUGUCGCGGUCACCGCGACACCGAACGGCGGCGGCGGCGCCGGCGGUGGCGCAUCCAACGGAGGCGCGAGUGGUAGCGGUAGCGGUGGUGGAGGCGGCGGCGGUGGCGGUAACGCCGCAGGUGCCGCGGGCACCGGGGGCGCGGCGGCCGGCCUCACCGUCUCGCAUCCUCGCGCCCACAGCAGCCCGGCUUCCCUCCAACAGACGUACGCGUCGGCACAGCAGGCGCCGCAACACGCACCGCAGCCGCACGCGCGUCAUCACCAUCAUCAGAAGCAGCGCAGCUACGACGUCAUCAGCACGGUCGACGACCUGGGUCCACUGCCGCACGGAUGGGAACAGGCGCGCACCCCCGAGGGUCAGAUCUACUUCCUUAAUCACAUCACACGCACCACGACAUGGGAGGACCCGCGGAAAACAGCCGCAGCUGCGAGCGUGGCCGCGGUAGCCGCUGCCGCAGUCGAAAGCAACAAACCCAACUCGCUCGGUCCAUUACCUGACGGAUGGGAACAGGCACGCACAGCCGAAGGCGAGGUAUAUUUUAUCAAUCAUCAGAGCCGCACCACCUCCUGGUUCGAUCCGCGAAUUCCCGCGCAUCUCCAAAGAACUCCGGCAUCUGGCGCGAUGUUGCCGCAAAAUUGGCUUCAGCAACCAACUGGCGGCCUUCAAAAUAACCAGAACGCGGUCUGUCAGCAGAAGCUUCGCCUUUACUCGUUGCACCAGGAACGUGAACGCCUGAAGCAGCGGCAGGCUGAAAUCAUGCGUCAGCAAGAAAUGAUGCGACUUAGUAUCACGGAUGCCGCCAUAGAUCCGUUUGUGUCAGGCAUUAACGAACAACACGCGCGCCAGGAGAGCACCGACAGCGGCGUAGGACUCGUUUCUGCAUAUUCCCUGCCUCAUGCCUCAGAAGAUUACGUCAUCGAUGAGAAUAUGGACGGCACGAGCGACGGGGGUGCGCCAAUGGAGACGCCGGAUUUAUCGACCUUGAGCGACAACAUCGAUUCACCAGAUGAUCUUCUGCCAUCGCUUCAGCUGAACGAGGAAUUCAGUACUGAUAUUUUGGACGACGUGCAGUCACUCAUAAAUCCUAACACGACCAAGCCGGAGAACGUGCUGACUUGGCUAUAGGAUUAGAAGUGAUAGCGGUGAUUGCGGUGGAGGUCUGAUCAGUCUUUAAAAGGAUAGGUAUUCAGGUUUUCGAAGUGGAAACUAUUCAAAUCUACGUAGUCUGCGAUGAAGUUAAUUGCAUCAUUGAUGCUUCUCAUUAUUUUUAAUAUCUCUUUAAUCAAUGGUGCAAUUCCUAUUUUUUUUUUAAUUCUGUAGUGGAUUAGACUAUACUAGAUUAUAAGAGUAGAUCUAAGUCCCUUCGAACCUAAACACCUAUUUCUUUCUUUGUUUCUUCUAUUUGGAUUUUUAUAGAAAUAUAUUGCCACAAUAAUAAUCAGGAUACUUUCGAAACAUUUUUUUCUCACUUAAAUUUUUUGUAAUAUACGCGACAUGAAAAAAUAGGAAUUAAAUCCGGACGUUUUACUCGAUAGAUAAUGAUUUUGAACGUUAAGCGAUUUUAAUAUUUCAAAAAUAUCAAAACUAUCUAAACUAUAUAAACAAAAAUAUCAAAAAAUUUCAACAAUCAUGUAUUCAUAUAUGCGUGCAAAUAUUCUAAAUAAUAUAUAAAUAUAUAAGUUUUAUAUUUAAGGAGAGUGUUUAGAUAGUUUAAUAGUAAAGCGCUUAUCUUUUAAAAGAUUAUUUUGUCACUUUGUAUAUGUUAUAAAAAACUUCAAAUAGAAAAAUAUGUCCAUGUAGUAGAAGCAAUGAAAUCAAAGCAAAUUUAAUAUUUUAAUAUUUUGUAGUAUUGUGGUAUGUUUUGAAAGACGAAAAUCCAAA